GGGUUUUUGAUUUUGGCAUCAGGCGGAGAUAGAAGCAUGGAGCAUUGUGCUUCUAUAGAUAUUGAUUUGAUCAGAAAAAAGCUUUCUCGGAGCUGCAAUCCAUCCUCAACUGCUUGUAUUCACAGAGUCGACAAAAGAAUUCGCAAAAUGAACGAAGAUGCCUACACACCUGAUACUAUCUCGAUCGGCCCUUACCACCGUGACGUUCCCAAGAAAAACUUGCAAAUGCAAGCCAUGGAAGACCUAAAAUCGCGAUACGUACAAGCACUUCUUGAUCGAACAUGUGAGAGAACCAGUUUGGAGAAAUAUGUGAAAGCUCUCAAAGAGAUAGAAACUAAAGCUCGUGAGUUUUAUUCAGAUCUCAUCACUUACGAAGAAAAUUUCGUCGAAAUUAUGCUUUUUGAUGGAUCGUUCAUCAUUGAAUUAUUGCGGAAAUAUUCAAAUGUUGUUAAGCCAGAUGAUAAUGAUCCCAUUUUCUAUUCGGAUUUAAGGAGAACAAGAGUUGUUCGUGAUUUGUUGUUGCUUGAAAAUCAAUUACCAAUGUUAGUUCUCCAAACGUUAUUCGAUCUAAGUAAAGAUCCUAUCUCUGAUAAACUCUCACUGACCGAAUUAGCUCUCCAUUUCUUCGAGGGAUUGAUACCAGAAGCCACACACAAGUACCCUCCAAAUAACAAGAUCGUUACACACAACCAUUUAUUAGAUCUGUUAAGUUAUGCACUUGAGGAUUCUCUUCCGGAGGUCAAGGAAGGAGGAGCAUCAAGUACAGUAUUAGAAGCUCUACCAUGUGUGACGGAGCUCCGGCAUUCCGGUGUUAUGUUCAACCGGAGUCUUGAUUAUGGUUGCUUGAUGGACAUAAAGUUUAGUGAUGGAGUAUUUGAAAUCCCUCAAUUAUGUGUUGAUGACUACACAGAUACAUUUUUUCGGAACCUUAUUGCUUACGAGCAACAUCGUUAUGGAGGUAGGAAUUACAUAACAUCAUAUGCUCUCUUGAUGGAUUACCUUAUUAAUUCUGCUGAGGAUGUUGCAUUUCUUCGUAGUCGUGGAAUUAUUAAGAAUCAUUUGGGUGAUGAUGAUAAGGUAUCUACUCUAUUUAACAAUCUCUGCAAUGAAAUUUCUGCUAAUCAUUUCUGUUAUGAUGAUCUUUGUGUCAAAGUUCAUGAAUAUUAUAACUCACCUUAUAACAAAUGGAAAGAGACAUUGAGGCGUGAUUAUUGUAAUAGUCCAUGGACGAUCAUUUCAGUGAUUGCAGCAAUUCUAUUACUUCUUCUCACUGUCUGGCUUGCUGUAUUUACUGCACUGCCUGUCUUCAAUGUUCAUUUAUAA